CGGGAGGAGUGCAGAACUCACCAACGAACUGUUUCAACGUGGCCGGACAAGCCUUUGCAUUAUUUCUAAAAAACCAAAGGAAAUGGGAUAGCCCUUCCCUCUCCCCUGAGAAUAUAAAACAGUUUGAGCAAAAUUGCAAAGCAUAUAAUUUGGACGUGAAGUUUAUUCUACCACAUGGGUCAUACUUAAUUAACUUAGCCAAUCCGGAUAAGGAGAAAAGAGAGAAAUCUUAUCUCUCCUUUCUGGAUGAUGUAAAAAGGUGUGAGCAAUUAAACAUCCAACUGUAUAAUUUCCAUCCCGGAUCAACAACAGGGAUGUGUUCACUCGAGGAAGGAAUUCGAAAUGUCGCCGAGUGUAUUAACAGGGUGCAUAAAGAAACAGCUAACGUCGUGAUAGUUCUUGAAAAUUCAGCUGGUCAGAAAAACUCAGUAGGAUCCAAAUUUGAAGAUUUAAAAAAAAUUAUUUCUCAAGUUGAAGAUAAGUCAAGAAUUGGAGUCUGUCUCGACACAUGUCAUACAUUCGCAGCUGGAUAUGACAUAAGAUCUUACAACGACUUCGAUCAAGUGAUGAAACAGUUCGACGAAGUUGUAGAUGCUACCUACUUAAAAGCAGUCCACCUUAAUGACUCGAAGUCUGAUCUUGGCAGUGGCCUUGACAGACAUGAGAAUAUCGGAAAGGGGAAACUCACUCUUGAGACUUUCAAAUAUGUAAUGACUUCCAGAUAUUUUAAAAAUAUUCCCAUCGUUUUGGAGACCCCCGAUGUUACCAACGAUGAGUCUGUGUAUAAGUACGAGAUAAGGUACCUCUACGAGAUGGUUGUCAAGCCGGAGGGGGCGGACAACU